AUGGAAAAGGCACUUGCACGCUACGGUGUCACUCACCGUCUUUCCACCGCGUACCACCCGCAAACUAGUGGCCAAGUAGAGAAUGCUAACCAAGGGGUGAAGAGAAUCUUAGAGAAAACGGUAGGAAAAAGUAGAAAGGAUUGGUCGGAAAAGCUUGACGACGCUUUGUGGGCUUUCCGCACCGCCUAUAAGACACCGUUAGGAACAACACCCUUUAUGAUUGUGUAUGGCAAAGCUUGCCAUCUUCCGGUAGAGUUAGAGCAUAGAGCUUUGUGGGCAUUGAAAACCGGUAAUCUUGACCUUACCGAGGCCGCUAGAAGGAGGAGGUUGCGAGGCUUGAAAGAGUUUAAGGUAGGUGAUAAAGUGCUUUUGUUCAAUUCGAGGUUGAAAUUGAUAGCAGGGAAGCUGAAAUCGAGAUGGAGUGGACCGUAUGUGGUAAGAGAAGUGUUUCCAUACGGCACGGUUGAAUUAUACGACGAAGUCGACAAAGGGGUAUGGAAGGUAAACGAUCAUAGAUUGAAACAUUACUUGGGAGGUCCCAUUGAUACCACCGAAGAGGAAGAAAUUCCUCUAGAGGACCCACCCACCUUCACCGACCAGUUUCAUCACCGCUACGGAACGGAAAAAGCAUGA